CAAUACAACAACUACAAGCAUUCCUUCCCGUCGGCUCCUCUUCACUACCUCACAAACUGAAGGCACAACGCAAUAAAAAGAAGACUCAGAGUGAGCCACCCACGUAGGACGUGGAACGUGGCCCAGAUGCCAGAGGGAGAGGGAGGGAGAGGAUCAGAAUCGCCCUGCCUCACUCUCUCACUUCCUGCCUGGGGACACAAAGGACACACGCGUCAAACUCCUAACACGCACACAGUCCCAGUCACUCUCCUCCAUCCUUUCCUUCCUUUAUAUUCAUUCAUUCAUUCUUUUAUUGUCUUUUUUUCUCUGAAAAUUUGCUUCCUGCGUCCCCCUCUCUCUCUCUCUCUUUCCCUGCAUUUUCAUACAUAACAUACCCUUUAAUAACUAUACAAACCCUAGAGCGGGACAGAAACUAUUGGUUUGAGAGAGAGAGAGAGAGAGACAAACACGAGUUUGCUUGGUGGGUGGGACCCGAUCUUUCUAUCCUUAUCUCUGUGUAUCUACAAAUAAUGCCCGAGAUACUCUCUUCAGCAGAGAAUCAGCUCAACGGCGUCGGUGGUGGACCUCUUUUGGUUGCUUCUUCCGAGACCGUCGGAUCCAAGCGCCAGCGCCGACCCAGCGUCCGAUUGGGCGACAUCGGAGGCGACCAACCCUACGAUUCUCACGUGCGGAGGAGCCCCCACCCCAACCCCCACCCCCACCCCCUCCACCUCCACCUCCACAACAACGGCAACAAGCACUGGAAGCUCGGGAUGAAGGACUCCAACAACCACUCUAGUGCCUCAGGUAAAACCUCCAAGACUCGAACUUUAUUUCAUCUGAGUUCUUCCGAAACCCUAGACGGCGAGGACAAGGAAGGAAACCUCGAUGGCCUUGCGCUUUCGAGCUGGAAGGUCAAGGAUUCUAAAAAGCGAGCCUCCACGGCUAAAAGGGUCCGAUCCAAUUGGGUUUCUAAGGUUGUCGAUGAGGGUGAUGAUGGUGCUGGUGCUGAAGGGGAUGACAAAUAUGGUGGCGGUGAAGGUGAAAAUAUCGAUAACGGGUUUCGAGAUUUCGAUGUUGAAAACUCGGAAAGUCCGUUGAAAGAUCAAAGCCCGGUUCAUUCCCUUGAAAAUCUUGGUUUGGACGGGCAUGGAAAUGAGAGAGACUUGAUUUAUAGGAGACCCAUUAGGGCUAGGGGGGUUGUUUCGGAGGGCCCCCAUGAAGGAGUGGAGUUAUCAGGGCCGUCCGAUACAGAUUGGAAGUGUGGGACGAGUGGUGAUAGGAAUGGGAAUAACGGAGGAGAAGAUGGGGUGAGGAUCUGGCUCAAUGGGUUAGGGUUAGGUCGGUAUGCUCCGGUGUUUGAAAUUCACGAGGUGGACGACGAGGUUUUGCCCAUGUUGACUUUAGAUGAUCUCAAGGAUAUGGGGAUCAAUGCGGUUGGGUCCAGAAGAAAAAUGUAUUGCGCAAUUCAAAAGCUUGGAAAGGGGUUUUCAUGAGUUUCCUUUUUUUUUUUUUGCUUGUGUGUGUGUGUGGGUUAAUGUAGGAAGACUCUCAGCCAUGGCAGUGUAAGAUUGCUUCCGAACCUUUUUGAUCCUAUUAGUGUAUUUCCCCUAUAACUCUUGAGAGAUAUGAUUAGGCUGCUUUGUUAGUUUGUUUCUUGUUGCACUAUCUGUGCCUUUUAAUCAAGUGCAAUUCUUCUGGUAUA